AUGCAAUCAUGCAAUGUUCCGCACACAGGACCGUCGGAGGAGCAACGACUGAAAGGACCUUCUCCCUUCAGAGUGGAUUUUCACGGAUUCGAAAACGAAGAGGACUUCCAUCAGGUUCCCUUGGCGAUGCAGGGCGACCACGACGAGAACGAGGUCACCCUCUCCGGAACGAUGCGGACCAAGAUCGCCCUCCUCAACAAGCGCAAGGAGAUGAUGAAGAAGGUGGAGGAGCGGCGGAAGAUGAUCGAGGAGCGGCAGAGGAAGUUCCGGGAGCUGGAGGAGGNGGAAGAUGAUCGAGGAGCGGCAGAGGAAGUUCCGGGAGCUGGAGGAGGAGAUGGGGAAGCUGGAGCAGCAGAAGCCAAAAUAUCCGGAGUCCAGGAGGAACUCGCUCGCGCCGUCCAAGGCACAGGCGGGCAGAAGCCCCUCGCGAUCGCCGCAAGUCCCGAAGAAGGACUCCCAAGUUUCCACGAAAUCGGGAGCCGGCACGAACGCCACAUCUCUGCGAGCCCGGAGAAGCAUUCCCGCUUCGAGACGAACUUCCCACCUGGAAAGUGGGACGGGAUGAAGGGUUCGCGUUGUUUGGAUUCGACCGAUCUGGUAGUAGCAGAGAGAUUUGAAGGAGGUGUAACCUGGGUUCUUUCGUGUCGGAAGGAGUUCGACGGGGUCGAAAGGAUCGUUGGGAAGCGGGGCCUCCGUGAAUGGAUGUGUCUUCCCGGAACAAAUGGAGCCUUUCGCCGAUCCAAAGGAGGGGAUGCGGGAUGCACUCGAACUCCUCAACAUGGAAGAUUGGGGAUCACGGAUCUGGUGCGUCUGACGAGGUUCCACGGGCAAGUUCUCCUGGGGGAUCUUCAUAAUGUGAACAUUGCGCUCAUGAAGGAGGUGAAGAAUCUGAGGUCGCAGGUUUCGAGAGCGGCCAUCCAGGCGUUCGGGGAGUUCUUCGAGUAUCUCAAGAGGGCGAUGGAGAAUGUGAGUGGCGUCGAUGGGGUUUUCCUGGUCGUUUUCGAGGGGCGGCGGGUGAGGAUUCGUGUUUUUCUUCUCUUGGAGGAUCUGGAGAGGAUCGUGAAUCUCAUGCUUCAGAAGACGGGGGAGACGAAUAAAUUCAUUCAACGGGACGCGAACAAAGCGUUGGACGCCAUGGUCGAUCGCGUCACGCCCAUCAAAUGCGUCACCGUCCUCAUCUCCGAAGGACUCGCGCACAAAAAUCCACAAGUCCGCGCCUCCACGUCCCGACUUCUGGCCAACUCCGUCGAGGCCAUCGGCGCCCACAAAGUCCUCACGAACAAGGAACUCACGGACCGAAUCAUCCCGUCCACAGUCCGACUCAUCGGCGACGGCAACCCCGAAGCCAGGUUUCCUGUCGACUCCGACUUCUUCCUCCUCGCGUUCGCCGUUUUCCUUCCAGUUUCCCGUUUUCCUUCCAGAUUCCACGCAAAAAGAACCUUCCGGACGUUAAGCGACCACCCCGAGUUCAUGAACACCUUGAAGAGAUUCGUCCCCGCCAAUCAGCUCAAGGGUUUGGAGAAGACCAUCAACUCCAUCAAGAAGAGCGUGAGGCGAUCUUAUCAUUAA